AUGCCGCUGAUCUCCAGGUGGAACCGGAACAAGCUGUCAUUCCGAAUUGGCAGUAACAAGUCUGAAGAUGGCGGCCAGAUCUUCACUGUAGACCAUGUUGUAGCCCACAAGAACUACACGGGCUCCUGGGAUAACGACGUUGCGGUCGUCAAGCUCAACAAGCCCAUCAAGUUCGGGAAGAAUGUAAAACCCAUCAAGCUUGGAACCAAAAGUCUCAAAGCGGGGACUAAAGGCUUAAUAGCAGGAUGGGGAGAGAGCUCAGAAUUUGAUUGGGGAGACCCACUGCUGUACAAGGGGAAGGUGUACGGACUGUUGGCUGGACUCAGUGAAUGCCUCUCUUAUCCUGCCUUUUACACAGACGUGCGUUCAUAUGUUGACUGGAUCAAACGUGCCAUGCAAGAGUGA